AUGGUUGUCCUGGAUAUUGGAUUCGCACCAUGGAAAGCCACCCUUCUUGGGACGUUCUUCGAUGUCGACAAGGCUCUGAAGGACAACUUCCUUGGUAUCAUGCUGGAAAUAUGGGAGCAUGCGUCUACACAGACGGAGCUAGACGAAGCUGUGAAAAGCCAGAUCCACUUCCAUCUCUCCAUGAAGGAUGCGGUCGGAGACGGCGCUGGUCUUGCUCAUGUUGCGGUCAUUGAGGCACUGCAAAAGGAAGAGAAGAGCAUGCUGGCAAAUGCGCCUGCCAUCAGUGAAGGACGGGCGAUAGGGGAGGACACGGAGAAGGCGAAGUCGCAGGCCGAAGCAGGCCCUAUCGCCCCCAUUGCCGAGGGUCAGCCCAGUGAAAUGCCCGAUGAGGCCAGAGAACAAGCAGAACAGGAUGUUGAGGUAGAGGAGGAAGAAGCAGAGAUGGAAGAGGAAAAAGAAGAAGCAGAAGAGCAGGAGCAGCCUGAGGUAGAGGAGGACGAA